CUGAGAGCCUAUGGUCAACUCAGGCGAUAUACCGGGUUUUUAACACUCAUAAACAUAUAGCUCUGAAAAUUGUUACCAUCCCGGACUUGUGAAACAACAACAACGAAAUUAUUGAUCGAGAAGGUGAUUUAUUGAAGCCAUGCAGACCAGAUCAAGAGAUACACCCUAUGCAAAGAAUCCAGAUGCGUCAAGAAAUAAAAAUGCAGCUGAGUAUGGUGAGGAGAGAGAUGGCAAACAUGACAGCAAGGAGCCCACCAGUAAAACUGUAUAUGUCAUAUUUGCAUCCUUGAUCUUUGAUCUGCUGGGAUUUACAGUUAUUCUGCCCCUUUUGCCAUCACUGCUGGAUUAUUAUGGUCAAAAAGAUCAGGAUGGCCUGUACCAUGUGCUGAAGCAGUCUGUAACUGGGUUUAGGGAACUUGUCGGGGCUCCAGACACUCCCAGAUGGAAUUCUGUUUUGUUUGGGGGGUUGCUGGGCUCAGUCUUCUCCCUCCUCCAGUUCUUAACUGCCCCAGUGGUGGGUGCCUUGUCGGAUGUAUAUGGAAGAAAACCCAUCAUGCUUCUCACUCUGGUAGGGAUUUCCUCCUCUUAUGUGCUGUGGGCCCUGUCUAGGAACUUCACCGUGUUUGUGUUAGCGAGGAUUGUAGGAGGGCUAAGUAAGGCCAACAUUAACCUGAGUACAGCCAUUGUGACUGAUGUCUCCUCUAGUCGUACCAGAGGCAAGGGAAUGGCCUUCAUUGGUAUAGCCUUCAGCUUGGGCUUCACUCUGGGGCCUAUGAUCGGUGCCUUGUUUGCUGGCUGGGCACGAAGUCAUGCUCAGGAGUUCUACACCACACCUGCUCUCUUUGCCUUAGUGCUGUCCGUCAUUGAUAUCAUAUAUGUAUACCUCUACCUGCAGGAAUCACUGCCUCCCAAAAAACGGGCCAAGUCCUUGACCAGUGAAUUUAAGAAUGCAUCAACACUAGUGAACCCUGUGGCCUUAUUUAGAUUUUCAGCUGUGGACAAUAUAUCGAUGAAAGAUUUAAAAUCGAUGCAGAAAGUUGGCAUGGUGUAUUUUCUGUACUUAUUUUUCUAUUCUGGCCUGGAAUUCACCUUGACAUUUAUGGUUCAUAACAGAUUUCAGUAUGACCACAUGCAGCAAGGAAAGAUGUUCUUCUUUAUUGGAAUUAUCAUGAUGCUGGUUCAGGGUGGGUAUGUGAGGCGAUUGAGACCUGGCUCAGAAAAGACAGUGACAACACGGAGUAUGGUGAUAUUAAUUCCAGCCUUUGUCCUGAUGGCAUUUGCUAACUCUGCAGUGGUACUCUAUGCUGGCCUGACAAUGUUUGCGUUUGCAUCAGCCACCAUUGUCCCCUGCCUGACAACAGUCAUCUCUAGGUUUGGAGGGGUGGAUCAAAAGGGAGCUGUGAUGGGUAUCUUCAGAUCCUUGGGGGCAUUAUCACGAGCAUUAGGACCAGCCGUGGCUUCAACAGUGUACUGGAGUUGUGGACCACAGAUUUGUUAUUGUGUCGGAGGACUUUGUUUACUUCUGCCACUUUUCCUCAUCAGGGGAAUUCAAGUCGUAGAUGCAUAAAGCUGUAGAAUGUGCAAAUUGAUCUUGAGAAUGAAGAAAAUCAAUCAAAAUCUUUCAAGUAUUAAAUUUGUUCAUGUGGACAAAUAAAUUUGGUUAUUAAGGCAGGAGAUGGUGGCAUAUUUUCCUAAAUAGCAAGAUCUGUGAACACCAUAAUGGAUAAUGGAAAAGAUAGAAAACUCCAGUGCUAUGUUAGUUUUUUUUUUUCCUGUUAAGAUUGUAAUCACAGAUGUCAUGACUAUAUAGAACAUGUAUAAAAGUGAAUGCCUUAAUUUUUGUGUUUUUGCAUAAAUAAAUCUGGUAACUUCUGUGUGAAAAAAAUUCAAGGUGGAAGAGAUCAUAUAUCUUUGUGAUGAGUUUAAAUGUUUAUUUUUAUCAACAGUUUUAUUUGCUUUAUUUUGUUGAUAUUGUUGACACAUUUGAAAAUCAAAUUGUUUUUUUUUUUUUAAACAAGGAGUCUACUAACACAUGGCAUAUGAAUCCAGAUUGGCUUAUCAUUUAACUGUGUAAAGAUGUAAAGCCGCCAAAACUUGAGUAACUGACUCUCUUACUGUUUAUGAACAACUUUAAUAGUCUUGUGGGUAUUGGUCAGUGUAGAUCCAGAUUGCAUAGAGGCAGUUAAGAACUUCAGUGGAAUACACUUUGUUUAACUUCAGCACUGAAUAUAGGACGGAUUCUGGAUCUCCAUUCGUCAGACGGUUUUUGUAUCCAUGGGGAUAAGGUUUGCUCAGGCUAUAUCCCCAGUAAAGUGUGUCUUCCAUAAACACAUACAUGCUCAAUGCAAUAAAUGACAUUCCAUUUAUCCAGAACAUUUAAUGUAUCGUUGGUUCUACUGUAUUCACAGUGAUAUGGAUACCUUGUUGAUCCUUGUGAAACCUUGGUGAACUUUGGAAAACCCAAGUAAACACUGUAAAACCGUGGUAAGCCAAUGCCAGUAACUAACUAUGUUGGCUGUCUGUGACCACACUGGUACAUGUACAUACCUAUUAUCGUGUGACCAAAUCAUACAGGGGUAUAGUUUUUAUACACAUGUCAAUAUUUUUUCACUUUUCUAAGCACAGGAUUGUUCCCUUGUUCCGAUUGGACUGUGCAUAGUUUGACAACAGCAUACUUUUUAUUAUGAAUCUACUGAGACUUAGAUUUUAAAAUAGAAUUGUAUUUUUUGGUAGAGUUUGGUGGUGUGGACAUAAUAUAUUCAAAUGGAUCACAUCCAUUUAUUUUGAAGUACUUUUUUGAUGACUUUAAAGGAUUAAAUUACAAGUUAUUUGUAUGUUUUAAAGAAUGGAAUGUUGAAAGUUUGUCGACAAAAGAUUUGACUAUGAACUCUCAUGUUAGUUUCUACAAAUCUGCUUAUUGUGAUAUUUAGUUUGACUAAAGUGCUGCAGAGAUGCAAUUUUGGUGCAUGUACUUAUAAUGUAAUCAUGUUUUACAUUUUUUUUAAAGGUACAUUUGUUUUAGAAAUUUACUGAAUGUCAAUUUACUGAAUAGCAGAAGUGCAUUAAAUAAUACAAAUAUCAAUUGUACAAUUUCGGGCUUCGUUAUGUUCGAUAUAUUACAUGUAUAUGUUUUUGUUAUUCUUUCCAGUGCUAAGGGAGAAGACUUGUUAAGUACUGGUACAUAUCUGUGUACAAAGUUAUUGUGCAAACUUUAUUAGAUAUUUCUCUACAUCAUUUUCAUUUUUUUUUUUCAGACUCAAAGAAAUCGUUAUACUUUCCUUUGCAUGCAAAUUUAAUAACAUCACUGCUGUAAGAGUUAGGAGUAGGUUACUGUUGUAGUGAAUACCAUAACAUACCCUUGUGAGAGUCACAUGAUUGUAAGUGGUACUGCUGGUUUGCGUAAUUUUGGAAUUAGAUGCACAUGCAUGAAAGUUAUUUCAUUUCUUGUUAAGGCUGACUUACGUCAAACAGCAAGUAAGAACUUGUGCGUGAGUGGUUAUGUAUUCCAAACCUAGCAGACUGUUGUGACAGGUCACGUAUUCCAAACCUAGCUGACUGUUGUGACAGGUUACGUAUUCCAGUCCUAGCAGAUUGUUGUGACAGGUUACGUAUUCCAAUCCUAGCAGACUGUUGUGACAGGUCACGUAUUCCAAACCUCACUGACUGUUGUGACAGGUUACGUAUUUCAGUCCUAGCGGACUGUUGUGACAGGUUAUGUAUUCCAAACCUCGCUGACUGUUGUGACAGGUCACGUAUUCCAAACCUAGCAGAUUGUUUUUAAUUUAGCAUUGGCAUAUGUACAUUUGCAUGAAUGUUGCCCAAAUUGUCACUGUGGGAAAGAAUUCUUGUCUACGUGAUAGAGUAUAUUUGUGGAUGAUCUUCAGUUAUCAUUAUAUUAGAAAAGGUGCUAUACUGUGGUGGAUUAUAUUCAUAGGCUUACACAAAUCCAUGUAAAUCGACAACAGGAAAAACUUCUUGUGCAAUGUAUAUAAUAAAGACUAU